UGACACACUGCCAUUGUUUCACAGCAUACGCGUGCAGCGGAAGAUUUGCGUUUUUUUUGCUGCAGUUAAAAAUGCCGCACCUAACUUUUACGAUUUUAGGAUUCGCAUUCCUUAUUACGGCCUGUCACUUGACAACGGGUCAGACUAAUCAGUAUACAAGCACUGGAAGCCCGACAGUGCCACCGGUAACAUGUGCACCUGGAAUACCCAUCUGCCUGCCGCUGAUCGAUCCCUGUGAUCCGCGCGCUAACAACACCUGCCCCAACUUCCCCAACGCCCAGUGCCGAUCCAGCUUAUGCGGCGGCUGUUUCGCCCUGUGGUAUGUCAACGGACAGGAUGUUACGCAGCAGUGCCGUGGUAACGCCACCAUCACCACCAAUGCGCCACCAACAGGAUGUCCGCCGGAGAACAAUUGUCCCAUGGGUGUGCCAGGAGUGCAGUGUUUUGUGGAGCCCUGUGCCGGGAAAACGUGCCCGAAGAAUGCGUACGCGAAAUGCUGCAAUAACUACUGCGGAGGGUGCAAUGCGUAUUUCUAUGCCAAUGGGGUUAAUGUUACCGGAUCUUGUUAGAAAUGCCACUGACUCAGGUCGAGGAAAGUAUCCGUUAAACUCGAUAAAUCACUGUUGAAUUACUCCUUAAAUACGUUUUUUUAAAACUGCUGCUGUCAGUACAGUCUGUACUUACUACUUACCUAGUAGUCGUUGGUUAGUUUUUUGGAACUACAGUCAUUAUCUGUACAUGUGUGCGUGUCUCUCAUACAAUAGUUCUACUGAAAAAUAAAUGUUU